AUGAACCCGCAAUGUUCAAAAUGUAAAGCAGCAAUGAGGAAAUAUAACUACUCCGUCAAAGAGAUAGAACGUAUGCGAAACGACUAUGCUGACUUAAAGAAAGAAGUAGAGAAACCAGCAGAAGAUAAAAUGAACAUGUUAGCAUUUCUGAACAAAAACUAUCCAACAGCAGAAGAUUUCCUUCUAUCUGACGUCAAGAAGAAGUAUAAAGAAACUUUCGGUAUCGUUAAAACAUUCGAUGUACUGACAGAAGAAAUAGAAGCUACGAAAUUGUUUAGGAUUUCAAAUAUACAUCAUACAAUUCAUGUAAAACGCUUAUAA